GGUUUUGUUUACUAGCAUAAUUGGUGCUAGCUUGAGUUGAAGCUGUGCCCUCACCAAAGCUGAGAACAAACGCCUAAAUGUUGAAUCGGGUUUGAAGAAUCGUCUAUUUUACAGCCAUGCGGGCUUUAAAUUAUGUUCACCGCGUCAGUUUGGAUUUUACAGGAACUUUGUUUCCUCAUGCGAUCUGUUUGGGAGAUGCAGACAACGACUCGGUAAGAGCCUCUUAUUAGCUUUACUAUCAGAUAUUUCAGUCCAAACCAGAACAAACAGAAGCCAAAAGGGCUCAAUGAAUCGAACAAAUUGGAAAUGAAACCGACAAAAUCUCUUGUUAAAUUGUUUUUAGUGUAGAUUUAAAAAAAGAUCUGGUUUUCUUAUAAAGAUGUAAAUGCACCUGCUUCACCCCACAGUUGAACGAGCUGGUUGUAGGGGACACCAGUGGAAAGCUGCUCGUGUACAAGAAUGACGACUCCAAACCCUGGAUCACAAGAACCUGUGUGGGCACGGUAAGAGCAGAAAUAGACACUGUCGUGAACAUGAACGAUUUUCCACAUUGAAAAGGCUCCAUCUCACUGAUAUGUUCUCCUUUGGUUUGCAGCUGACUUGUGUUGCUGUCGGAGAUGUGUGCAACAAAGGAAAGGUGAGGAAGAAACAACAAGAGGCUACAGGAAUACACAGGGAUGGAAUCAUAGUAUUUAGACUAUUAUACUCGAGUGAAAGUACAGUUAUUUUGAUAAACGUUUAGUGAAUUGGAAGUAAAACUAACAACUGCGGAAGUGAAAUCAUUUUAUUCAAAGUAAAGGACUCAGUACUCUCUUAAAACCUGAUAAAAAAUCCAGCUGUAGAGGUGUUGUGUCGUUCGCGAACGAUUCAUGCGAAAGAACCGUAUCUAUAAGCGAACGUACUGAACCGAAUCAUUUCCCCGAGUGAUUCGUUCGUUUCUCACUUAAGUUGAGCUAAAGUAAGAAACAGCAUUCAGUGCGUUUACAAGCACAGCUCAGUCAGACUAAGCUCAUAAUUGUUUUUUUUUUUUUGUUUGUUUGUUUGUUUUUUGGCCGAAUCAGACUUCUCUCCUUGUAUACAUGCAGCUGAGAGAAUUGAAUCAGCGACGUGAACCUGUCCUCCUCCCUAAAAUUACAUCAGAAGUGUCGACAACUGCUGCUGGGCAUUUUGGAGCAAGAAGAUGGAGCAUCAUACAGCGUUGUUUUUGUAGUAUAUGAUGUACGCGCUACUUUUUCUACAGAUGAGAUGCACACUACUCCUCUUCUCUGGUGUUUUUGUUCCAGUGUUACGGGGCGUGUCGCAGGUGCACUGUCCGAUUAUACUCCAACUACACCGGUUACAUGGUAGAGAAAAUCAAACCACCCUUUUUUUUUAAUUGCUAAAUUGCCACCACAACAACUUGCAUACAACAGGACACAGCAUGUAACAAGUAGUGCAUUAAACCCGCAGCAUCCUAUCAUUGCAGCGGUUUGCAAGGGAACGGUGCAUGUUUAGUGUGAAUUCUUCUAAAUGUUCAGUGAACGAAUCACUUACUGACCCCAAUUUACGGACAGUACACUUAAAACAGCAUGAUUUAUAAACAAGUUCACUUUACAAACCUGUUUGCCAAAGCAACACAGUAAAACACUCAAACAAAGCUGUGAAUUGAAGUGAAUCCUAAAAAGGUUCAGCUGUGUAUCAGUUCAGGAGGUCGGAGUCACAGGUUUUUACCGCCAAGCAGGAAAUGAUUUGGUGAACAAAUCUUUUGAUCGAAUCUUUUUAGUGAACUGAUUCUAGUGAUUCAGUACACUAAAAGAACUGCCGUACCCAUCACUCAGCUGUAGCUUGCUGUCUUUUUGCAAAGCAAUCCUCUAACUCCUUUCUCAACCCUAAUUAUGCUAGUUUGAAUAAAUAUUCCCCUUAAAUGUUUGUUUUCCUUCUCGUCUGACAGAACUUUGUGGUGGCCGUGGGUGCAGAGGGAUGGUUCCACCUCUUUGAUCUGACAGCUGCCUCUGCAAAUAAAUCAGACUCAUCCAGUCAGCAUGAGUUCAUGUCCUCUGAUGACCAGAGGCCGCUCUUCACCCAGCACAUACCUGCCAACACCAAAGUCAUCCUCAUCAGUGACAUCGGUGAAUCCUCCCUCUAGUCUACAGUCUUGUGUAAUAAAUCUACAUUUGUUCUGCGUGUUGGAUUUGGCUUAACUGUCUGCACAUCUUAAAUGUAGAUGGGGAUGGCCGCUGUGAGCUGGUGGUGGGUUACACAGAUCGGGUGGUGAGGGCUUUCCGCUGGGAAGAGCCAUGUGAUGGUCCCGACCUGGGAUCAGGACAGCUGGUCCUGCUGAAGAAAUGGCUUUUGGAGGGGCAGGUACACUGAGUUUCAUCAGUCAGUCUCACACAGAUACAGAAAUAGGAAGUUAGAGUAAUUGAAAAUGGGAGGCUCAGGUCUGGGCAGCGUUGAUUUACAGCAGAAUCAGAUUUUGAUGGAAGUUACCAGCCUUUGACUCCAGAAGGUCAAAAAAAGCUCCUAAAAAAUCACCAGGAAGCCAACAGAUAUAAACACUUGAGAAAAAAAUACUGAAACAUGAAGAAUAAUGUAAAAAUAAUCAACACUUGCAGAUGGGGAAGUCUAAAUAAGAAACCCACUUUCAUAUUUCCAAAGGAAGAGCAACAGCCUCACAGAAGGAGGACCAACAGAACUCUGCUAAGGACUGGAAAAACCAGCUGUUUGAAAAUCCUUUACUCUAAUGAUGAUGUUUUUUUUUUUUACAGGUGGACAGCUUAUCAGUCAAUCCAGGUCCAGAGGGUUUGCCAGAGCUGAUGGUGUCCCAGCCCGGCUGUGGAUACGCCAUCCUGCUCUGCUCCUGGACCCAACAGGACUCUAACUCUGGAGAGGAAGCCCCUGCCACCCCGGGGAGGUAGACCCCGUUUAAGGCUGAAUUCAAACUUAAAGAAGUAGAUUGUUUGUAUAAAAUCUGCGGCUUUCUUUGCUUACAGUGAGGGACCCUCUAGAGACGUAGUUCUCCAUCUGACCACUGGGCGGAUUCACAACAAAAAUGUGUCAACUCACCUUAUUGGGAGCAUCAGCAAAGGUAUCGAGCAAACUCAGACUCUAACAGUAAAGUAAAAGGGUAUUUUUAUUGAUGCAAUCUGUGAGUUACUUGUGAAGUGUAUGUAAUAGUCUUAAUUCUUCGUGAUUUUCUUCAAUAUUCAGGCUCCAAAGAGGAAUCUUCUAAAUGCGGCCUGUUUGCUCUCUGUACUUUAGACGGUGAGUUUAUCAUUUUAAACAUGUUUGAAGUAAGUAUAUGUUUCAUUGUGUCCUUCACCUUUCAGUUAUGGUUGAUGGUUUUGUAUCACAUCACUGUUUUAUAAGAUUAUACAUCAGAUUAUACAAAUGAGCACCCACUAUAAUCUUAUAUUUAUAUGAAUACACAUUAUAAAACAAUGAUGUAAACACCAGCUGAGUAAGAACUGAACACACAAACCUAAUGCGAAGUACUCAUAAUUUCAUCAGCUAACAAGCUGUUUGUGUACUGAGGUAGAAUAUAAAUAAAUUAGUGGCAUGUGUCGUAUGAUUCACCUGUCUCUGUAGUGGUAGUAACACAUACAGGACCCGAGGUGGAAUGGGAAACACUGGGGUGUGAGUUUGUGGCUGUGAGCCAGUGUGGAGGAUCUUCCUGGCAGCAAACAGCUCUAAGAGCAGCUGGAGAGUUCAUCAAUAUUUAAACAGGAAGGAUAUAGUGGGAUUAUCGUCGCUGAAGGCUUCCGACUGCCAGCGCUCAGACUCACUCCUGUUGACACAAUGACGAGCAGACAGAGAGGAAAGAAAUCACGCCACAGGUUAAAGAAAUAAGAACAUUAAGAGAAGCUGUUAGCAGGCUGCGCUUCAGUGCUGAUGACAAAAACUUAUUAGACAAAGAUGUCACAGUGUGGAGGCGUCAGAAUGACACAGGACAGCUCUGAUUUUCUCACUUUGUAGACAAGAAGAUGUUUCCACCACUAUCAAAAUGAACUAUAUAGCACUUAUUUUCUAAUUAUUUUAUUUCAAACUGACACAAAUGUUUUUCAGGAGCUCAUAAACAGACUUCUGUUAUCCUCAUGUUGACCAGCUUUAGCACAUGAAACUGAUUUAAAAGAUUUCUUCUCUUUUUGCCUCUCCAUGUUUCAGGUACGCUGAAGUUGAUGGACAGCUCAGAGCAGCUGUUGUGGUCUGUUCAGGUGGAUCAUCAGCUCUUUGCUCUGCAAAAACUCGACGUUACAGUGAGUUUAUGUUUACUUACAAAGAGCCAAGGGAUUUAUUAUUUUGAUAUUCACUCAGCUGUUUUCUUUGUGCUAUUUCCUCUAGUGUCUAUUUAACAUCUAUUUAAAGAAAGAGACUUCCACAUUUCCAGAGGCACAAAUCUGUCUCUACGGAGAAAAAUAUCAACAAACAGUGAAUAAAGAAUGAAACUCAGUCAUUUCAACACUUGUGUGUUCGUCUCCAGGGCGAUGGCAGAGAGGAGGUGGUGGCGUGUGCCUGGGAUGGUCAAACGUACAUCAUCGACCACAACAGGACGGUAGUUCGGUUCCAGUUUGAUGAGAACGUCAACGCCUUCUGUGCGGGUACGAGACACUGUGCUUACUCUUUUCCAGUCAAGGUUGUGCAUUUGUGAAAUUGUUGUUACCCCAAACAGUGAGGCUUCACUGGGUCACAACAUUCAAAUCUGAGCAUGUUCCUGAAAUCAAAACCUUCCAUAAUGUUGACCGGCAUUUCUUUAUGUCAGUAAGAGCUGUAUUUAACUGUGAGCAUUUGCACACUUUCAAAUUGUGCUCUGUCAGCUUUUGGGAUGUGGCUGCCUGUAGUACAACAUCUGAGGUGUCUGUUAUUUCCCAUCACGACAGGAGCUGGAAACAGGAAGACACUAUGGCUGCUUAACCAAAGCAAGCUGAAAGGGGCAAAAUAGAAAAUAAAACCGAGAGAGGAUGUGCUGUCCUCUCCCUGCCUCAGAGGAAAUACAACAUACACGAGCAAAAACUUGAUUGUUUUUUACUUCAGUGGACCUGAAUGAAAGAAAUACUUAAUAAGGAUUAAAUGAAAAGUAAUUAACAGACCUUAACACAUCACAAUUAAUGCAUUAUUGCUGACAGCCCUUUCUUAUCUCUGUAUUUUGGCUUGUCUGAUAUUUUGAUGUAAUUUUGGGCUCAGACUAAAUCAAAAGCUGAUAGUAGCCUGAGGCACCUUAUGACUCCAGUAGGGGGCAACAUUGAGCUGUAGGUCCUCCUGCCUCUAUUUCUCAGCCUGUCAUUUAUUAUUCCUGUCUCCUGUGAUUGAAGGAGCCUCAGUUUAUUCAAAUGAGCCAAUAAGACAUGAACAAGAGUAAGUGGAUGAGAGAGCAGGAGACUGUUUGAGUGAACUGAGGUUUGUUCGCCCGCUCCUCUCUCAUCCUCUCUGCUCUCUGCUGCUCUGUGGGGUCAUUACACCAGAUUAGAUUAGUUCCUCUAUUUCUGUGGACGCUGGCUCUGCUGCUGCUGCUGCACAGACUCACAUCAGGCUGGAGAGGAUUGAUGUGUUCAUUUGGAUUCACCCAACCUACUGUAUCCAAAGAAACCCCCUCUGUUGUUGGAGUAAACUGUCUGUUUUGUGUGUUUUCAGGUCAGUACACAUGUAAAGAGGGGAAGAACAGCCCCUGCUUGGUGUAUGUGAGCUUCAACCACAAAAUCUACGUCUACUGGAAGGUGGGGCUGGAGCACAUGGAGUCCACAAACCUGUUCAGGGUCCUGGAGGAUAAACCCGAGUUUAAGAGUUACCUGAAGGCGCUGGGAGUCGGUGAGGAAACAAAAAACUUAGAGAAAUCAAUUUAGACUGCAGAACCUGCUUUCAACUUCAAACUCUGUGUUUGUUCUGUGAGACCAACUGUGAAUAUCUGCCGUUCUGUUGUGAAACACUGACCUGAAUACUAAUGUGGAAAGGAAGAGAAAAAUGAUCCCCGCACGGCAGAUUUUACUGCUAACAAGGGCUGAAGUGCUGGCAAGUUUAAUGGACUUCAUGCAAGAACGACUCGUUCUAACAGUUUGUCUCUGAAAGACACCUACAAGAGAUUUAAGGAAACUUUUUCACCAAUUUACUCAGAAUUGGAUGUCUGUUUUAGCACAUGAACAAAAACAAGAAAGAGUCAAGAAGUAUAACAAGACUAAGUCUCCCCCCACUGUUAAAAACUACCUCUGCGAUUGUUGCAGGAGAUCCCCAAGGUUGGUCCUCUGCAGAACAUACCAUGUUGUAGAUUUUGCUCAAUGGCUCUUCUGUCAGUUUUGGUUUUGUUUUUUCUCACGCAGCUCACAUAUGUUAUUAGAGCUGUCAAUCAUGACAUCAUAUCCACAUUUGGAUGGCGUGUCAGGAGAGGAACAUUUAGACAUUUAUUAGGAUGACAAAAACAAGCUUUCAGACAGGAUUGGAAAUGUUUUUAGGUUCACAUCUAUUAGAGGAGACAAGCCAGUAACGCUUUCUUUUACAGUACACUUAUUACCAGGUAAUUAACAUGUAAUUACCUAGUAACAACAUGAAAUUAUCUGGUAAUUACAUGAUAACUACUAAGUCAAUACUGUCUAGCUACCAGGUUGUUAACCUUCCAUCAUCAAACAAAUUUGAAGCCAAAUUGCUCUGGUAUUUCCAGGAUUUUCUCCUCUUCCUGGAACCACCUGUUGCGCAGUCCACCUGUUGCGCAGUAGCAUUGUACGCAUUCGGCGGGUGAGUCGCUGUGAUAAUGCUCGGCUCAAACAGCGUAUCACUACACAAUCUUCACACGCCCAUAGGCUGUAUCAAGUGUCAGUCAUAGAAAAUAAGAACCCCAAAAAGCUUUUGAAAAUGAGGCUGCACGGAAAAGAGAAAAAAAGAAAAACUAGACAGUAUUGACUUAGUAGUUAUCAUGUAAUUACCAGAUAAUUUCAUGUUGUUACAAGGUAAUUACCUCUUAAUUACCUAGUAAUAAGUGUACUGUAAAAGAAAGUGUUACUGGCAGGCCUAAUAAUCAAUACUGCAGCCAGUCACCGGGGGGAGGUCUCAAACUGUUGGCUUCACUUUUAGGGAGCCGCUAGUUUAUGCUUCUCAGGCUUCAGGACAGUAUUGCACAAAAUAAAAAUGCUUUUGCACCAAAAAAACCCCAAAAAUAUUAUUUUGCAGUUUCUAUUGUACGUAAUGCCCCUUUUAUUUGCAAACACUCAUGAAUAGUGAGUCCUGUGGUGUUGAGGGGUGGGUUGGGGCUGCAGAUGAUAUGGUUUGGGUCUUGAUCAGAGUUUUUAGAGAAAUCUCAAGACUUUUUUUGCACUUUUGGUCAAAUUUCCUGGACUAAAAAGAGGUCUGGGACUCAUCACAGCUUUCUGUUUCUAUUUUCUCUCCAAAUUUUCAGAUUGUUUCAGGAUUCCUUUUUUAUUCCAAGGAUCCUUUAAUAAAUCAUCAUGUUUUCAGGUUCCUCUCACAUUACCGACUCUGCUGUCUCUCUCAUCGCUUUUUUCCUUGAACAGCAGGACUUAAGCUGCUGCUGUCGUAUUAAAUCGUGAUUUCUCUCCUAAAACUUUCCCACAUCCAGAGCAGAGCGACAUAACAUUAAAAGGCUAUUUAAGAGGGAAUCAUUUAGCCUAAUGAUCACAUCUCACAGCUCACACCUCCUCAUGAACAGUCGGCUUUCAUUACAUUGAAAACAAAAGAGUUGUAACAUGUUGAAAAAGUUUUGUGAAUCCAAAUCUGGACAGAAAGUAAAUGAAGGUUGACGAGAAAGGUCUUCCGGCCUCAACUUAAUUACUCACUAUUACGUAAAAUCUAUGUGCGCACAGGAAGAGAAGGGAAAAUUAUGCAGGAAGCAUCAAACCUAAUGUUUCCUUUUCUACAGCCAAAUGUAUAUAAAUGAGCAGGCUGUGAGUAAACUUGGCUAAGAAGACUGGAGUGUGCGUAAAGAGGCUGUAAUCCAACAGCACUCACAUUUCAGAGGCCAAAAAAACGCCUUUCUGUUUCUUUUCUUUCCGUGUGGAAAAUGUGUGUCUGCUGCCGGCGUCUUUUCAAACGCACAAACUCUAGUUAACUGGAUUAAUCAUUUAUUAUGCGCACAAUGUUGCAAAUUUCCUGUUAAUGUUUUCUGGGUUUAGCGCAUUAAUCGUGUGUUUUUAUCAACUAGCACAUUAAGCAGAAGACUAAUAGAAUUACAGAUUAGUCCACGUUUUUACGUCUGCAUGGAUGACCAGACAGUCAAGUACGCCUGAGAGGAGAGUGAAAUGAGAAAGAGAGAAACAGCAACACCAAUGCACAAAUAUUAUCAUGAGCGCAGAUGAGAAUUCAGGCUCCAGCUGACUUUAUUGAAGCCUGGUGGCGGUGUUAGCGUAGUUUCCUGCUGCUGCUGUUGUUAAUAAUUCAACCUCUGGGCCUGUUGUGUUUCUUUUGACUCUGAUUUCGUCGGCUUGUUACCUAACUCGAUGUGGAAAAUGUCUGAUGUAGCAGCCCAGGGACAAGGAGAUAGAAAGGAGGGGGGAGAGACAUCUGCAGAUGGAGAGAAGUGUGAAAAUGUGUCUGAUAUGUGGAGCGUGGAGGAGGGAAGAUUCUGCAGUAAUGCACAGAUUCAGAACUUACAGCAAUUAAACAGAAAGAAAGUUAAAGAACGAAGUGAAGCGGGUCAGUUCAGUUUUAGCUGCUUCUCUCCAACCCUCUUCAAAUGUCAGCAGCAGCUCUCCAGCUCGGUCCUGCUGUUCCCCUACCUUAAUAACAACCCUCCAGCCAAAGGGUGAUGAUGAGGAGUCUGUCACUUCUCCAUCAAAAACCUGAGAGACUCCCUCAACUUCCAUUCCUUUUGUUAAAUUAAAGCGAAUUUAAUUUUUGACUGAAGAUUUCGAUCAUAAUCUUAUUCCAGCUUGAGAGAGCUCUGACGCAAGAGACAUUUUAGAGUUCGGAGUUUCAGGAGACUUUUGUCAAAGUAGAUUUAGUUUAUAGUAACACCACAAUACUCUGUUUAUCAGGACUGCACACAAGCUGAGCUCAUAUAGCAGGUGGGCUAUACCCGCUAAGUAGCUACUAAAUUAGGGGGUGUUACUUUUUACACAACCUGAGAGUUAUGCCUUUACAGAAAACAUCCAAGUUUAGCUAUUAGUGCUCACUAAUCUCUGUCAUCUCUGUUUAGCCCUUUUAGCAUACGUUAGCUGUUGUUACAUUAGCUGAUUUCAUACGUUUUGUGGUUGUGAGUGUUCAUGGAAGGUCUUUCCAGGUGGAACAGCCCAAAGUUUCAGAUCUGAGAUGCAAAUCCAGCUCGUCAUCUGUGAAGCGGAAACAGCUUUGAUUUCACUGUUGUCGCCAAAAGAUCAAAUCAUAGGAGAGUAAAGAGCGACAUUAAGCUGUCUCAAAACCAGCCAUUCAAGAAACACAAUUUAGCCAUCCCUGUAUCUCAAGUAUUUGAAGUUAUCUGAGGUUUAGCAUAUACAGUAUAUCCAACAUUAUUAUUGUAUGUACUGAAGUAAAGGUCAGCACAGUGAGCCUGACGGAAGGUUCUCUGUCUACCUGAGAGUGUUUCUAUAACUUAUGGUGUCCCUCAGGGAUCUGUCUCUGGCCCGAUUCUAUUUUUUUUCCAAUAUAUGCUGCCCCAGGGGUCAGCACAGCAAAGAUUGGCAUAGUCAGCUACCUAUGGAAAUCACACUAUUUCAAUAAAGUUGAAACGUAAAGUAUCACAGAUUACCUUCAUUUUUGAGAGAUUGGAUCCAGGGGGUCUCUGAAAAUACACCAAACUUUUCUGUGGGAUAGAAAAACCCCUGAAUGUUACAGAAAUAUCCAGAGUUUAUCUGCAGACUGAAAAGUGAGUAGUAUUCCAAUUAUUUGUUAUAUUGGACCUUUCUUUUGUUAGAGCUGAUAUUGUAAUUACAACUUUCACCAAGUCUGACGUCGUUUUGCAAGAAUGGUGAGGACCUUUCAGCAAAAAGUUGGAACCAGUUAAAGAAGAAAGGAGAGAAAAUAUCAAAAUGUGAUGUUUAUUUUCAUCCUAAAGAAGUUUCAGAUGUUUUCAUGAAGUUGUUCACAUCUUUCCUCAUUUCCUUGUUUGUGUUUUCUCUCCGCAGACUCUGAGGACCCAGCAGCAACCAGAGCCCUGGUGUCAGAUCUUCUGUACAAGGACUCACAGCUUUAACACAGUGACACACUGCUAUCCCGCCCCCCCCCCCCCCCCCCCCAUGACUGUAAAUACUCUGUUAAUAAACCCUGAAUGUCGUACUC